CAGUCUUUAUAGUCCAUGACUAUGACAAUCUUGAACAGCUUAUAUCAUGUCAAGUUGGAGUUGAUAAGAAGCCGACAAUUAAUUCAUAUUUAGUCGGAUUAUUGUUAAUAAUUCUCGUGCUUAAAACAUAUAUAUAUAUGUGUAUAUAUGGGCCGCGUUUCGUCCGAAAAUCGUAAUUUCAUUUUUCCGGCAUUAUUUUAUUAUUUUGUCGCUUGCCCGUCUAUUCACUUAACGCACUUCAAUUUACUCAUUACUUGACGAUAUGAUGCCAAAUACGGACGUUUAUGACAGUUUGUAUCUGUACGCGACACCAGAGAAGUUUUUUGUGGAGCCGGUCGGAACUAAAGUCCUGCUAGUGGUUGAUAGAGUGAGUCAGCAAAUCUAUACGCAAGUUGGUACAGCUAGUCAAAUUCCAACAACUGCCAGUCGUAGAAAGAUAUGGGGACUGGUAGGGACCAUACGUCUUUUGGCAUGUCGUUAUCUCAUCGUUAUUACGGAUGCUCAAAUAUGUGGUACUAUAGCUGGGCAUAACAUCUAUAAGAUAUCAUCGACAGAAGUGAUACCUUAUACAAGAUCGACUUUACAUUUGACUGAAAAACAGGUGCAAAAUAAUGCCAUAUACUUGGAGAUGGUGAAAUCAGUCUUGAAUACACCGUACUUUUACUUCAGUUAUACCUAUGACCUCAGUCAUACCAUGCAGAGGUUGCAUAAUACAACACCUGAAUUUUUGCAAAUGCCGCUUCACGACAGAGCAGAUCCCAGGUUUGUAUGGAACGCCUAUCUCCUGCAGGACUUAAGUGCAAGACCAGAGCAAUACAAAUUCUGUUUGCCCAUCAUUCAUGGCUUCGUCUCGCUAAAUACGGUGGUUGUGAACGGUAUCGCAUUCAAUUGGGGCAUUAUCUCUAGACGUAGUGUGCAUCGUGCUGGCACGAGAUUAUUUUCGCGUGGUAUAGAUGCCACGGGCAACGUUUCCAAUUAUGUGGAGACGGAGCAGCUAAUCGAAGUAAACGGCGAUCGCAGUUCUUUUGUGCAAACGCGCGGAUCCAUUCCUCUGUUUUGGUAUCAAGCACCAAAUUUAAAGUACAAGCCGAAGCCACAAAUCAGUCCACAUGAAGAUCAUCAAAGUGCUUGUGCGCGACACUUCGAUGUUCAGAUCUUUCACUAUGGAAAGCAAAUCUUAGUGAAUUUGAUCAAUCAAUGUGGGCCAGAAGCAGUACUUGAAAAUGCAUAUCGCAAUUUAGUCCAAAGAAUAAAUAAUCAAAACAUUCGAUAUGAGGCUUUUGACUUUCAUGCAGAAUGUAACAGAAUGAAGUGGGACAAAUUGAAUACUUUAUUGGACCGACUAGCUCAUGAUCAGGAACAAAUGGGAUAUUUCCUAUUAUUGAGAGAUGGAACAUUGCUUUCGGCUCAGGAUGGCGUUUUUCGUACAAAUUGCGUUGAUUGCCUAGACCGAACAAAUGUUGUACAAAGCAUGCUGGCAAAGCGAGUUCUUAAUGAAGUAUUGAGUAGGUUAGAAAUACUUAGAAAGGUGGAGGAUCAUCCUGCAUUUGAAAAUCUUUUUAAACAAGUUUGGGCCGAUAAUGCGGACGUGAUAAGUAUCCAAUAUUCCGGCACGGGAGCGUUGAAGACGGAUUUCACGCGAACUGGAAAACGUACUAAUUUGGGCGCGAUGAAAGACGGUCUAAAUUCGCUAACGAGAUAUUACAAGAACAAUUUUACCGAUGGAUACAGACAGGAUUCGAUGGAGCUUUUUCUGGGUCGCUAUAUAGUACAGGACGGCGAAUGCACUUCCAUUCAAUGUCCUUUGGAAUCCGAGCGAAAUUGGCGUUACGCUACAUUCCCGCUCGUUCUCUUAGUUGCAUCCUCGAUGUUAGUCGCUCAUAUAAUAUUACCAUCGCGAUAUACAACGGAAAUAUUACUUUAUAUGUUAUUCUGGGGUGCCAUGGUGGCCGGCACCUUUGCUACUAUUAUCCACCAUGGCAAGCAAUAUGUCGAUAAGCCAAAAUUACUUUAGAAUUAAUUAAUAAUUCCAUAAAAUUUUAAAUUACAUAUAGAUAUAUAUAUAUA